GGGCCCAGGCGCGGGCCUCAGGGAGGGGAAAGGGCAGGGAAAGCUCAGUGGAGGACGGAUCCAGGCUAGGCAAAUAAGUCUGUCCGUUACCUAGGACAUGUGUCUGACCCAUCCUGCCGUCGACUUAGAACCCAAAUCCCCUUGUCUACCCCUAGGCAAGACUAUCAAGUCACCUACACUGGGAAGAACCCUUUAGUGUUGUUCCCCCUCCAAGUCCAUAGAAUAUAUUAAGACCUGCCCCUCUCCUGCGCAAAGGCUCUGAUCAUAAUGUGGCUAGACAGCAGAAUUUCUUUCAGCCGAAGGAAAGGGACGAGAAUGCGCCUGUACAACAGGGUGGGGCAGCUCCGCCCCCGAUGAAAAGGAACGACGGUGAAGUCUCCGUUACCCCAAAAAGAGCUCGGGGAGGAGGGGAGGCGAAGCCACCCUUGGGAUGCGCAAGGCUGGCCCAGACUGACCCCUAGCGGCAGGCUGGCGCCCAAAAGCUUCCCGGAUCUAAGAUGGAGGGUCUGAAGCCCUAAGCUGGUGCCGGGAGGAGAUCACGUGUCCAGGGCGGGGCCUGCGCUUAGGGGGCGGGGCGGCGCUCUAGGCCGAGCGGGAGGUCGGGGCUGCGGGCGCUCGCUGGUGGCUGAUCUGGACGCCGCUGCGGUGGCAGGGCUCCGCGGCCGGGGUUGAAUCCAAUCGGGAGCCAUGAGCGUGGACAAGGCCGAGCUAUGCGGGUCUCUGCUCACCUGGUUGCAGACGUUCCAUGUCCCGCCCCCCUGUACCAGCCCCCAGGAACUGAGCAGUGGCCUCGCAGUAGCCUAUGUGCUGAACCAGAUAGACCCUUCCUGGUUCAACGAGGCAUGGCUCCAGGGCAUCUCAGACGACCCAGGUCCCAACCGGAGGUUGAAGGUCAACAAUCUGAAGACAAUCUUACAGAGCCUGGUGGAGUACUCCCAGGAUGUCCUGGGGCAUCCCAUUUUGGAGCAGCACCUUCCAGAUGUGAGCCUUAUUGGCGAGUUCUCCGACCCAGAAGAGCUUGGCAAGCUGCUUCAGCUGGUGCUGGGCUGUGCUAUCAGUUGCGAGAAGAAGCAGGAGCACAUCCAGAGAAUCAUGACGCUAGAGGAAUCAGUUCAGCAUGUGGUGAUGGAAGCCAUCCAGGAGCUCAUGACCAAAGACACCUCUGACUCCCUGUCACCGGAAACAUAUGGGAACUUUGAUAGCCAGUCCCGCAGGUACUACUUCCUGAGUGAGGAGGCUGAGGAGGCUGACGAGGCUGACGAGCUGCGGCAGCGCUGUCUGGACCUGGAGCGGCAGCUCCGGCUCGUCUGUAUGCCCUGCCCACAGCUGGUACUCCUGUCAGAGGAGAAGCAGAGCCUGGUUCAGGAAAAUGAGGUGCUGAGGGAGCGGGUGGGCCGGUCCGAGGGUGAGGGUGCCACCGGCCUCACCUCCAAGAAGCUGCUACUGCUGCAGUCCCAGCUGGAGCAGCUGCAGGAAGAGAACUUCAGGCUGGAGAGCGGCAGGGAGGACGAGCGCGUGCGCUGUGCUGAGCUGGAACGGGAGGUCGCCGAGCUGCAGCAGCGGAACCAGGAGCUGACCAGCCUGGCCCAGGAGGCACAGGCCCUGAAGGAUGAAAUGGAUGAACUUCGGCAGUCGUCAGAGCGCGCAGGGCAGCUGGAGGCCACGCUGAGCAGCUGCCGGCGCCGCCUGGGCGAGCUGCGGGAGCUGCGGCGGCAGGUGCGGCAGCUGGAGGAGCGCAACGCCGGCCACGCAGAGCGCACGCGGCAGCUGGAGGAAGAGCUGCGCCGGGCCGGCUCCCUGCGCGCCCAGCUAGAGGCGCAGCGACGGCAGGUUCAGGAAUUGCAGGGCCAGCGGCAGGAGGAGGCCAUGAAGGCCGAGAAAUGGCUAUUCGAGUGCCGCAAUCUGGAAGAAAAGUAUGAGUUGGUGUCAAAGGAGAAGGAGCGGCUGCUGGCAGAACGGGACUCCCUGCGGGAGGCCAAUGAGGAGCUGCGCUGCGCCCAGUUGCAGCCUCGCGGGCUGACCCAAGCCGACCCUUCACUGGAUCCCACCUCACCGGCUGUGGAAAACUUAGCAGCCGAGAUCCUACCUGCGGAGCUCAGGGAGACGCUCCUACAGCUUCAGCUGGAGAACAAGCGCCUGUGCCAGCAGGAGGCGGCCGACCGGGAACGGCAGGAGGAGCUGCAGCGCCACCUGGAGGAGGCCAACCGCGCGCGCCACGGCCUGGAGAUGCAGCACCGGCUGAACCAGCAGCAGCUGUCGGAGCUGCGGGCCCAGGUGGAGGACCUGCAGAAGGCCCUGCAGGAGCAGGGGGGCAAGACUGAAGAUUCAACCCUGCUGAAGAGGAAGCUGGAGGAGCAUCUGCAGAAGCUGCAUGAGGCAGAUCUGGAGCUGCAGCGGAAGCGCGAGUACAUCGAGGAGCUAGAGCCCCCUGCCGAUAGCAGCACAGCCCGGCGUAUCGAGGAGCUGCAGCACAACCUGCAGAAGAAGGACACGGACUUGCGGGCCAUGGAGGAGCGGUACCGCCGCUACGUGGACAAGGCGCGCACAGUCAUACAGACCCUGGAACCCAAGCAGCGGCCACCUGGGGGGGCUCCUCCGGAACUCCACACCCUGAGGACACAGCUUCGAGAGCGCGAUGUCCGCAUCCGGCACCUGGAGCAGAUGGACUUUGAGAAGAGUCGAAGUCAGCGAGAGCAGGAAGAAAAGCUGCUCAUCAGUGCCUGGUAUAAUAUGCGCACUGAGGUGGGCACUCAUAUGUCCAAUUUGAGGAAAGAAGAAAGGCAAGGCACACUGAUAAAAACUCUCACGCAGUGGCGGGUAGGAAGUAGAGCUGGUGGUAAGGACCGACAGUUCAAAGAUGCUGGAAGAAUACCCUGCCCUCAGUGCAGUGCCUGGCCCACAGGAGGCGCUCCAAGCCUCUGUGCCAAACGUAAAGGCGGGACGCAGGCAGCUCGCUGGCAUGGCUACACCAAGGUGAACAUCAGGGGAACAUCCCAGACGAAGAACUCAACCUUGCUCCCCAUUCCUGAUCACAAGUCUCCAACAGGCAUUCGACGAGCCAGAAAAUCCACCCAUGGGAAUGUUAAUGCCAUAUCUUCUCCCUGCUCAAACCCCUUCUGGCCCGUGUGUCCCUCACCCUCUGCUGAGGCCUGUGCCUCGCCUGUGUCUCAAUGAGAAAGCGAAGCCACUGGCUGCCUACACCCUCAUUUCCUCCCAGGAAACGCCCCAGUCCCCCUACAUUCCUUCUAAGCCCCUGGUCCUGGCAGAGCCCAAGUCCUGGGUCUGUGCGCUGGAGUGAGCUCACACCUGCCUGAGGCCCGUCCUCAGCCGGCAUCCUCACUCCUUCCUGCAGUAUCACUUGUCCCUCCCAGUUGAAGCUUCCCCCCACCCCCUCGGCUGCACCGCGCAGCUUGUGGGAUCUUAAGUUCCCUGACCAGGGGUUGAACCUGGGCCCUUGGCAGUGACAGCCCAGGGUCCUAACCACUGGACCACCGAGGAAUUCCCUGAAGCAUGUGCAGCAGCAAACAAACAUGCUCUAGCAUCUCCUUCCUCAGAAAAGCCUUCCUUAACCCUCAUUCCCUUCUCCCUCCAGGGAUGGCCAUGCUCAUUUCUCUGCUCCCAUCAUGGUGAUCAUUGUGUCCACCUCAGCUCACCCAUUCCAGGCAGGCUUCUGCCCCCAUUUCCAGGGUGAUCUGCUUAAAACUCAUGUGCCUGCUAGAGCCGACAACCUUUCUGCCCUAGUCCCUUUGUCCUCCUGGAGCUUAGGAGCCCACACUCUCUGGCUUUCCUCCCACCUCACCUGUGGCUCCUUCUCGGCCUCUUUCAAUGGUUCUUCCUCCU